UAAGUUUUCUUCUGUCACCCUAUAAGUAAAAGUUUGCCUUCUUGAACGGUUAGCAAUCAUUCAAAGGUCAAUCUGAAUUACUUUCGAUUGUACUUAGAGUAAGGUAAUUUGGCUUAUAGCUUGAUACAGUUUUGGGUGGAACCUGUUUGAUUACCCAGUAUACACACAUACUCGGUAAGAUUAUUCGUAGAUUGAUCAUUUUAGAUUAAUGGAACAAAAAUACCGAUGGCAGGUACAUAAGAUCGUUUGAAAUACUUUUUGCACUAAAAAGGUGGUUACGAAUAAUUGAUAAGCUUUUGGAGCAUUUAUUUGUGACUUGGGGCAAUAUUAAUCACUUUAUUUUCUAUUUCGUGAAUGAUGUGGUCUUUCAUUUUGCUCAAGACUUUUUUGUUUUUGCACGAACUUUUACUACAAUUGUGAAUUUCUUUUGGGAUGUAGGUCAAAGAAAAAUGUUUGGUUAUAUUUAUUGUUUAUGUUAUGUUACCAUAAUAAGUCUUACAAGCGUCCUUGAAGCUUUGGGUGAGGCUUUUAAUUUUAAACUAUAAAAUCGAACUACAACGACUAAUUCAGUAUCACUUGAACACAUUCCUUCUCUCCAGUAGCAUCAUAUUCCUACAUCCACACCAGAGAAAAUGGCUUUCAAGUUCGUAGUUGCUUUUGCUUUAGUCGCUGUUGCCAGUGCAGGAUAUGUUCCUCAACCGCAAGUCUAUCAUGCUGCUCCAGUAGCACAUAAUGUAGCUGUUGCUCAUGAGCCACAGCACAUUUUGACUAAGAGUGUUGAGGAAUACGAUCAUCAUCCACAAUACAAUGUUGCUUACAACGUUCACGAUUCCAUUACCGGAGAUGUGAAGAGCCAAUCGGAAAGCCGAGAUGGUGAUGUUGUGAACGGAGAAUACUCCUUAGUUGAUGCCGAUGGAUACAAAAGGACAGUUUCUUACAGUGCCGAUGCCGAACACGGAUUCAAUGCUGUUGUCAACCGUGUCCCAUUGCAUGGAGCUGCUGAUGGUUCACACGCUGCACCAGCUGUUGUCAAGCAUUUGACUCCUGUUGUUCAUGCCGCUCCAUCACAUACAUAUGCCGCUCCAUCACACACAUAUGCUGCUCCAUCACACACAUAUGUUGCUCCAUCUGCCGUUGUACACGCCUCUCCAUCACACACAUAUGCUGCUCCAUCAAUCUCAUACGCUGCCCCAUCAAGCUACCACCAAACAGCCCCUUCAGUCACCUACUCUUCAGCAGCUCCAAGCUACUAUAAGUCUGCCCCAGCUGCCACCUACACAACAUCAAACCUAGUGAAAGCUGUCAGCCCAGUGACAUAUGCCGCUCCUGCUCCAAGCCAUGUUCAUCAAUAUGUUUCAUCACCAACUUACGCUGCUCCAGCAAACUACCAACUCCAUAGUGCUCAACCCACAUACGCAGCCCCAGUCAACUACCAUGCCCAUGGACAACAAGUAUACGUGGCUCCAUCUGUGGUGAAAACUUCUUCUCCAGUAGUAAGUGCUUCUCCAAGCUAUUACAAAUCUGCUCCAGUAGCUUACGCCACAUCCGAAUCCUACUCUGCACCAGCUUACGUUAAGUCUUCCAACGAACAAAACAACCAAUACCAUCAUUAAAUAUUGUUUUUUUUUCAUUUUUUGUUAAAUCUUAAAUAAUUGUUAAUAAAUUUAAAUCAUGUUGAAAAUAUAAACCUUAUUUUUUU